CAUACUUUCCGCGCACCGUUUAACUCGAACUCGUUGACAAGUAUCUGUGAUUCACAUUAUCUAUUGCCCAGUUUUAAGUUCUAUUACAAAAGUAACUAGGUUUCUAAAAAGUCUUCGACUUUCUUCUACAGUAUCUGUCAAAGUUAUAGAACUUUUAUAACCUGAGCAAAAUAUUCAUUUAGAUCCGAGACUUCUCGAUUACCUAGUCGCUUAAAUUCUAAGCGACAAAUUUUUUCCGUGUAACAGAUUACAUUAGGGCAAUUUUUAAUUAUUUUUUCUCAUACUUUAUUCAUUUAUGGAACAUGUUCAAUAUUUAUUACUUAAUUUUUGCCGUCCACUUAAUAAUUUUAUUAAUAAUAAAUAAAUACAAAACACUUGUUUUCGAAAGUGAUGUUGAAAAUAAUAUUUCGGAAGUUUGUGAAACUAAGGAAUGCCACUCAUUAGCGGAAUCAAUUAAAAAGGGAAUGAAUGAUAGCGUAAAUCCUUGCGAUGACUUUUAUUCCUACGUAUGUGGUUCAUGGCAAUCUAAUUAUCCGGUUCCUGAAGGCGAAAAAUUCUGGAAUUUAUUUAAAAUAAAUAAUGAAGAAAGAAAAUUUAUUCUAAAAGAAAUUAUAGAAAAGCAACUAAGUCCUGAGGAUAUUGAGCCAUUAGUUAACGAGAAAAAAUUGUACAAAUCUUGUAUGGAUGAAGAUAGAAUUAAGAAAAGAGGAUUGGAACCGUUAAAGAAAAUUAUAGACAAGAUUGGUGGUUGGCCAAUGGUUAUGAAUACAACUGAAUGGGAAAAAAAAGAAAUCACUUGGCAAGAUGUUGUUUAUUAUUAUGUCGAUAUUGUAGGAGGAUAUGGUUUGUUUACUAUACAUACUGUAUAUAAUCCAAAAAAUUCCACACUUAACAUGAUUAUGAUUACUCAAGAAAAUGGGUUUCUGCCUGACACCAUUUAUUUGAAAGAUAUGAAAAGUAGUCAUUAUUAUAAUGAAUAUAUUUCAUACAGUCAUGAAAAUAACAAUAAAACAGAAGAUAAAAAGAUUCUAGACAGAGCAAUUUCUAAAUAUUCAGAAUCCGAAGGAAUGAGGGACGAAAAAGAAAUCGAAAUUGAAAGUAGAAAUUUGUAUGAGUUUAUUGAAUCCUUAAAGAAGAUUAAAUUAACUCUAAAUGAAAGAAGAGAAUCUGGAUAUCAAAUAAUGCGAAUAAGCUAUUUUCAGAAUUUUUAUAACCAUAACAAUACUAAUGAAAGCACGAUAUCAAAGAUUAAUUGGCUCGAAAUGAUUAAAGCCGUUUACAAUAAUACAGAUGUUGUUAUUGAUGAAUCAGAAAAAAUAAUUUUACUUGACAAAACUUACUUCAAUAAAUUAAGUCAACUACUAGAAAAAACAGCUCAAAGAACAAUUGUCAAUUACAUUCAUUGGAUCUUUAUACGGGAGACCCUUCCAUAUUUAGAUAAAGAAAUAAAACAAUUCAUUUAUGACACGAAGAAAACUGCUGAUGUAGGAAUCAUCAAACCAUCAGAAAGGUGGGAAUAUUGUUUCAAUAGUUUGCCAUUCAAUUUCGGAACGUCUUUUGAAUUCAUAAAACGUCAAUUUCCUAACACGACAAAAGAAUCCGCGACAACCAUGGCUAAAGAAAUCCAACAUGAAAUUGAAGUAGAAAUGUCGAACUCUAAUUGGUUGAAUAAUGAAACAAAGAACCUGGUUAAGGAAAAACUUAAGGCAAUGAAGUUUGUAAUUGGUUAUUCAGAAUCGUAUUUUUCGAAAUUAAAUUUAAGUGAUAAAAAUAUAAAAGAUGAGAUUCCGUUAGGUCCAGAUUAUUUCGAAAAUCAAAUCUCUUUUUCUAAAUAUAUAAGUUUUACAAAAGCCAAAGAGCUUCGUGAACUAAACACCAAUGAUUCGGAACCAGUUAUUAUGUCACCAAUUUCCUAUAAUGCUUUUUAUUAUCCAAGCACGAAUAGUUUGAAUGUUGCAGCUGCACUAUUUUUACUUCCCAUAUAUAAUUCGAAUUUACCUCAUGCGAUAAAUUACGGAUAUAUAGGUUAUACAAUAGGUCACGAAAUGACUCAUGGAUUUGAUAACGAAGGACGAAGAUUUGAUAAAAAUGUAAAUGACAUUUCUUGGUGGUCAAACGAAAUGAUUGCUGAAUAUGAUAAGAGGGCCAAAUGUUUUGUGGAUCAUUAUAAUAAUUAUACAGUAGACGGAAAUCUAACUCAAGGUGAAACUAUUGCUGAUACCGGAGGGUUGAUUGCAGCUUAUGGAGCUUACAAGCAAAAAAUGAAGAAAGAAAAUAUUAAAGAUAAACGUUUACCAGGAUUAGAAAACUUGGAUUCAGAUCAAUUGUAUUUUGUUUCUAUGGCUUUUGUAAAUUGUGAGAGCGGAACACCAGAAUAUUUUGCACUAGAAAAUACUGAUGUUCAUCCAGACUCGAAUUUGAGAAUAAAUGGACUCAUGCCAAACGUAAAAGGAUUUAUUGAUGCAUUUAAAUGUGACGAAGAACCAAUAUGCAAAAUAUGGGAUUGAUUAGAUUCAAUUUUAUCUUAAAAU